AUGAAUUUUACAGACCCUCAUUCCACAGAUUACCCCUAUGAUUCAGACUAUGCUUCUCAAAUCAUGCCUCCUUGUUCUAAGUUGGAAGUCAGGAACUUCACAAAAACAUUUCUGCCAGCUGCAUAUUCAUUGAUUUGCAUCAUUGGCCUCUUUGGUAACAUCUUUGUGGUGAUGACCUUCGCUUUAUACGAAAGAAGCAAGUCCAUGACGGAUGUGUACCUCUUCAACAUGGCCAUAGCAGAUAUACUCUUUGUUCUUACUCUUCCACUGUGGGCAGUGAAUUACGCUGCUGAUGAAUGGAUUUUUGGUGAUUUCAUUUGCAAAAUGACUAGAGGUAUCUAUGCAAUCAAUUUCAGCUGUGGCAUGCUGCUUUUGGCCUUUAUCAGCGUGGACCGGUACAUCGCUAUCGUACAGGCAACAAAGUCUUUUAAACUCAGGGCAAGGACUCUUGCACACAGUAAACUCAUUUGUCUAGCUGUGUGGAUAUCAUCAAUUUUAAUCUCCAGUUCCUCUUUUCUGUACAGUGAAAGUUACCCUUUCUCCAUCAAUGAAACCAAAGAGAUUUGUGAUCACAGAUUUGAAGGAAUAUCUGAAAGCACAACGCUGAAAUCGCUGCUGCUGUGGCUACAAGUUGCAUUUGGAUUUUUUAUACCUUUCAUAUUCAUGAUUUUUUGCUACACCUUCAUUGUCAAAUCCUUACAACAAGCUCAGAAUUCCAAAAGAAACAAAGCAAUCCGUGUGAUUGUAUUAAUUGUAGCUGUCUUCCUAGCCUGCCAGGUACCUUAUAACAUUGUUCUUCUCAUAACAGCUGUCAACAUGGGCAAGAUUGACAAAUCUUGUGAUAGUGACAAGAUAAUGGCUUAUGCAAAAUACACCACUGAAGCCAUAGCAUUUUUACACUGUUGUGUGAACCCUGUACUCUAUGCGUUUAUUGGAGUGAAAUUCAGAAGUUACUUUGUGAAGCUAAUGAAGGACCUAUGGUGCAAGAGAGACAAAAAAGACAACAAACGUAGCUCAAGGACAAACUCUGAUACUUAUCAUUCAAGACAAACUAGUGAAAUUCUGACUGACAAUGGAUCAUCUUUUACUAUAUAA